UUGUUGUUUUUUUUCCCCCCUCCCUCCGCUUUCCGGUUUGGGGUCGAGGGGAGAGUGGAUGCCGGCUGUUUGCGAUGGUUCGCUUCCUGCAGGUCCGCCAACGAGCCCCGCUCCCCGUUUGUGGAAACUGUCCGGCUGUGCAGGCAGAAGCUUCUCCAUAUUCUCUAGUUGACAUCUGCUUGAAUGUCUUGGUUGCUGAUCUGGCAAAAUUCUGUACGGAAAAGCCUGAUGGAUCACUGUACUUCAAAGAAUCUCAAAGGCUUCCACAAGAAGUAGCUGAUCGAUUGCUGCAAAUAAUGGCUUAUCAAGAGUUGUUAAAUGAUGGUACAGUGGGCAUUUUCCAAGGCAACCAAAUUCGUUUGAAGCAAGCUUGCAUCCGCAAAGCGAAAAUCUCAGCCCAAUCCUUCAAGAAGGCCUUUUGCCAUCAUAAACUAGUACAGCUUGAUGCUGCAGGAAUGAAUGAAACUGUUACCAUUGCAGAUGUUGUGAGUGGCUUGGGAAGCAAUAAAUGGAUCCAGAACAAUCUCCAGUACCUUGUCCUGGACUCUUUAACUCUUUUUCCUACAAAUUCGUAUGAAAGAUUCUUUAGUCAGUUUCACGGUCUUCGGUCUUUGAGUAUUACAAAUGUGUUGUUCGGGGAUGAACAUCUAGCAGACGUUGCUACCCUGCCAAGAUUAGAAAGCUUGAAUAUAUCCAACACUUCUGUUACAAACAUAUCUGCACUCCUCGCCUGCAGGAAUCGUCUGAAAUCUCUAACUAUGUACAGUUUGAAAUGUUUGAAAAUGCCUACCACAAAAUUCUUAGAUGUCAUCAGAGAACUAAAGUAUCUGGUUCACCUUGAUAUCUCAGACAAUCAGCAUUCUGGAUCCGAGAUUGCCUUUUGUUUGCUAAGGCAAAAAGACAUUCUGCCUAAUCUUGUAUCAUUGGACAUUUCAGGGAACAAAUCUAUUACUGAUGAAGCCGUAGAAGCGUUUGUCAGACAGCGGCCGCGAAUGCACUUUAUAGGUUUGUUAGGUACAGCAGCUGGAUUCACAGCGUUCCUUUCAGGACAGGGAAGCUUGAAGGUAUCAGGAGGAGAAAAUGAAAUGCAGGUUUUAGAAGCUCUGAAACGCUACAAUGAAAGGCCAACAUUUGUGAAGGAGGCCUUCUUUCAUCUUUUUCUGCAAACCUGUUUUAUGAAAAUUACAAAGCCUGAAAUUUUAAAGCUUGUGAUUGUUGGGAUGAAGAAUCACCCUUUGGAUUUGGCAGUACAGUUGACUGCUAGUGCUUGUGUCCUUAAUUUAACUAGGCAAGGCCUAGCAGCAGGCGUGCCUGUUCGUCUGCUCUCCAGUGUAAUUCAGCUGCUCCUUAAAGCCAUGGAAACAUUUCCUGAACAACGGCAGCUCCAGAAGAAUUGCCUUCUUUCAUUAUCUAGUGUCAGGAUUCUCCAAGAUGUUCCAUUUAAUAGGUUUGUGGCUGCCAAAUUUGUGGUUCAGUGGCUUUGUAAUCAGGAGAAUCAACAUGUACAAAGAAUUGCAGUUAAUGUAAUCUCUAUCCUGGGACUUAAGCUUUCAGAUGAGCAAGCAGCACAACUUUCUGCAGAAUUCUACAUUGUUGUUGGGAAACUGCUUGAAAUAAUUGAACAAAAAACAAAUCAGACUGAAUUAGAUGUGACUUUCCACUUUACACUUCGUGCACUUUGGAAUCUCACAGAUGAAGCUCCAACUCUGUGUGCACACUUUAUGGACCACAAAGGAUUGGAUCUUUUCUUGAGAGUUUUAGAGAUUUUUUCUUCUGAUUCAUCUAUACAACACAAAGCUCUGGGCCUCCUGAACAACGUGGCGGAGGUGAGAGAGCUGCAUCCCAGGCUAAUGCAGAAGGACUUUGUGGAUCAUGUCAGUGAACUUCUGAAUAGUGCUGAGAUAGAAGUCAGCUAUUUUGCAGCUGGGAUUAUGGCCAAUUUGAUAUCCAGAGGUGAAGAAGCCUGGACAUUGAGUCAAAAACUGAGAAGAUCCCUUAUUGAAAAGCUGCAUUCAACCCUUUUGAAGUGGCCAACACCAGAAUGCAAGAUGGUGGCACUGCCAGCUUAUAGGUCCCUCAAGCCUUUUUACCCAUUGCUUGACUGCUUUACAUUACCUGGAGUACAGAUCUGGGCUGCGUGGGCUAUUCUGCAUGUCUGCUGCAAAACCCCUGCCAAAUACUGUGCAAUGUUAAUAGAAGAGAAUGGGCUACAGCACUUAUAUAAUAUCAAAGAAAAUGACCAGAGUGAUCCUGAUGUCCGGUAUCUAAUAACCAAGAUAUUAACUUAUGUGGAAACUCAUGUGAAGUAUUAUGGGAAGUCUAAACAUCUAAAAGAACUACAAGGCCAUUCAGAUUCAUAACUGAGGUCAUCUCUCUACUUCUGCCAUAUACUGUUGACAUCUGUACUGGUGAUCUGUUUCACAACCCUUUUUAAAAAAAAUCAAGAUGGCCCUUCUUGAAUCUUUUUCUGUGUUCUUAACUAGCUUUAACUUAUGGCUCUUGUAUAUUGACAAAUGGAGCAGAGGACCAACUCCAAAGAAAAUUGGGCUUGUUUCUACUAAAAGUAUGCAACAAAUAAUCAGGUCAGUCACAAACCA